AUGGCGUCGUGUAGCCCCUUCUCCGAGCUCGCGGUGCAAGCCACAUCGGAGUUACUUCCUCUGGAGCCUCAGGACCUGCAGCACGCGACUGUCCUGUGCGAGGCAGUGUACUGCCCAGACGACGCCGAGGCGCGGCGGGAGGUGCGGGCGCUGUCCGCGCUCAUGGGCGCGCAGCAGCAGCUGACAGACGUAACCCUGCACGACGCGGCGGGCCAAAGGUACAUCGUCGGCCACUCGCCCACCGCCAUGUUUGUGUGCUUUCAGGGCACAAAGUACGUGAAGGAUUGGAUUGCAAACCUCAGCUUCCGCCACGCCACCAUGUGGGCGGGCGACGACAAGGCCAAGGCCCCCGCCGCGCACUGCGGGUUCAGCGGGCGCUCGGUGGCGGUCCCGCUGGACGAAUUAUACGCAAAAGCCCAGGCGGCCAACAAACGGCUCGUGCUCUGCGGCCACUCCCUGGGCGGUGCCGUGGCUCUGGUGUGCGCGAUCAAGCUGCUGCGCGUCUGGGCGGCCCGGCAGCUGGGCGGCAGCUACGCGCCGGGCGACGCCGCUUGCGCCGGCGGCGGCAGGCCGCCGGCGCCGGCGCCGCGGGGGCGGCGGGAGCGGCGGGCGCGGCGGCAGCAGCGGGACAGCCAGCAUCUAGCAGCUGCCGCCGCAGCGGCUGCCGCGGCGCCGUUUGCCGACCCCGACAUCAGAUGCAUCACGUUUGCGGCGCCGGCCGUGGCGAACGAGAGCUUGGCCGCCGAGGUUGUGGCGGCGGGGUGGGACCGGCUGAUGUGCAACUUUCUCGCAAUUCCUUGA